AUACAUUGAUUCUGUCAAAAACACACAAAAAAAAAACAUCUCAAAACAUUUUUUUAAUAAUGGUGUACAAAUCAUUGGAUAAAAUAUGUAUAACAGAUAUAGUAAACGUGCAGGGUGGUGGCAUAUCAUCAGAAACUGCAACUCAACUUCAUAACAAACUUGUUGAAAUAAUUAAGGAAUAUGGGCCUGCCACUCCUCAAACAUGGAAGCAAAUUUCAACCCGAAUUCUCAACCCAGACCUUCCCUUUUCGUUUCAUCAGAUGAUGUAUUAUGGUUGUUACUUAGAUUUUGGACCUGACCCACCUGCUUGGUUACCCGACCCGGAUGAUGCAAAGUUAACAAAUAUCGGUAGUUUAUUAGAGAGACGUGGAAAGGACUUUUUGGGUCCGGAUUAUAAAGAUCCCAUUUCAAGCUACUCUGAUUUUCAUGAGUUUUCAGUCUCCAAUCUUCAGGUGUUCUGGAAAACCAUUCUUGAUGAAAUGCACAUAUCAUUUUCUGUGCCUCCAGAACGCAUAUUAGUCGACGAUCCGUCUGAAGAAAGCCAAUUAUUGCAUCCAGGUGGUCAGUGGCUUCCUGGAGCUUAUGUAAAUCCAGCUAGAAAUUGUUUAAGUUUGGGUGGCAAGAGAAAUUUGAGUGAUAUAGCAGUAAUAUGGCGUGAUGAAGGAAAAGAUGAAAUGCCAGUCAACCGAAUGACGUUUGAGAAACUGCGUUCAGAGGUUUGGCUAGUCGCAUAUGCACUUGGAACACUAGGAUUGGAAAUAGGUUCUGCAAUUGCAAUUGAUAUGCCUAUGGAUGUCAACUCCGUGGUGAUAUAUCUUGCAAUUGUUUUAGCCGGCUAUGUAGUUGUAUCUAUUGCUGAUAGUUUUGCUUCAAAUGAGAUUUCAACAAGACUUAAAAUAUCUAAAGCGAAAGCAAUUUUUACCCAGGAGUUGAUCAUUCGUGGUGGAAGAAGCCUUCCAUUGUACAGCCGAGUUGUUGAUGCUCAAUCACCUUUGGCAAUCGUCAUUCCUACAAGAGGAUCUAGUUUUAGUAUGAAAUUACGUGAUGGUGAUAUAUCUUGGCAUGAUUUUCUUGAAAAAGCUAAAAGUUACAAGAACCUUGAGUUUGUUGGCAUUGAACGACCCAUUGAAGCUUUUACAAAUAUCCUCUUUUCUUCAGGAACUACAGGGGAACCGAAGGCAAUUCCAUGGACCCUUGCAACGCCAUUUAAGGCUGGUUCAGAUGGUUGGUGCCACAUGGAUGUCCAUAAAGGUGACGUGGUUGCAUGGCCCACUAAUCUUGGAUGGAUGAUGGGUCCUUGGCUAAUAUAUGCUUCCUUGCUAAAUGGAGGGUCACUUGCUUUGUAUAAUGGAUCUCCCCUCGGUCCUGGCUUUGCCAAGUUUGUUCAGGAUGCAAAAGUAACCAUGUUGGGAGUGAUCCCAAGUAUCGUAAGGGCAUGGAAAUCUAAGAAUAGUACAGCCGGCUUUGACUGGUCAACCAUCCGGAGUUUUGGAUCUACCGGUGAGGCGUCUAGUGUAGAUGAAUGCCUUUGGCUGAUGGGAAGAGCUCAUUACAAACCGGUCAUUGAGUAUUGUGGUGGCACAGAAAUUGGUGGUGGUUUUAUUACCGGAUCACUACUGCAGCCUCAGUGUUUAUCUGCUUUCAGCACACCAAAUUUGGGAUGUAAUUUGUUUAUUCUUGACAAGGAUGGAAGCCCUUUACCACCAAAGGUACCCGGAUUUGGUGAAUUGGCCCUAAAUCCCCUCAUGUUUGGAGCAUCAAACACGCUAUUAAAUGCUAAUCACUAUGGCGUCUACUUCAAAGGAAUGCCUUCUUGGAAGGGGAAGGUUCUAAGAAGGCAUGGGGAUGUAUUUGAGCUUACAUCUAAAGGAUACUAUCGAGCCCAUGGUCGUGCAGAUGAUACCAUGAAUCUUGGGGGUAUUAAGGUAAGUUCAGUUGAGAUUGAACGCGUGUGCAACUCAGUUGAUGACAUGAUCCUUGAGACAGCAGCUAUAGGGGCUACACCGGCUGGUGGUGGGCCAGAGAGGUUGGUUAUAGCUGUUGUUUUCAAAGAUCCUAAUGGUUUGAAACCCGACCUAAAUAAGUUGAAGGGAUCAUUAAAUUUGGCUUUGCAAAAGAAUCUCAACCCUCUUUUUAAGGUUUCUGAUGUGGUGCCAUUUGGGUCACUUCCUAGGACAGCAACAAACAAGGUUAUGAGGAGGGUUUUGCGACAACAGUUGACCCAGAAACGUGAGUAUUCCAAGUUGUGAAUUUGAAAUGAUGUAUUGGUUAUCGCAAAGUUAUACAUCAUACGUAAUAUUUAAGUUAUGUGGUUUCUUUUUCCUCAUCCGCAUCCAUGUACUAGAAGAAUACCUAUACGUGGCGGCUUUUAAUCUUGAAAGCAUUUUUAUAUUAACGUUGAUUAACUUUAAUAUAAACCGAAUCAUUUGGAAUAA